AUGGCCGCUGUAUCGUCUUCCGACUCCCCGCGCACCCUUUCUCAGUCCCCUCCCAUCUCACACACUCCCCCACACUCGCUCGCCGCAGCGGCAGCUCUCAACGCAGGCAUCCAGACCGAAGAGUCGAGGCGCUCCUCAGGCGGCACCUCGAUGCGCAGAGACGUCGAGCAUGCGCGCCGACGCUCCAGCAUCCGCAUGAACCUCAACCUGAAUGACCCAUCCAUCCCUGCUCCUGGCGAAAUGCAGAUCAGUCCCUCGUUGCGCACCCGCGGCGCCUGGCCACACAGUCCUCACCACGAGCGUGCGCCUAGCCUGGGAGAGUUACACCAGGAGCUCGAGUACGAGCAGGAGGGCCAAGUGAACCGCCUCCUCCACAUGAUCCGCCAACAACAAGCCCAAAUCUCCGCCCUCCAGGCUUCCCAACAACCCCAAUCCCAAUCCUCCGCCAUCGACGACAGCACACCCACCUCGGAACGCUCCGUCUCCCUCCCCCACGCCUCUACUCAACCUGCCCCCGUCCAGCAACUCCAACAACAACAACCAACGCCACGCUCCCGCUCCCCCUUCAACCGCGGCGGCACGCCCCUCAGCCGCACUUCCUCCAUCGCCGAUCGUUCUCGCACAAACAGCCGCGCUGGCUCCCCCGCCCUGAGACCCAUCCCCAUCCCCCCCAGCAGCAUCCACGACAGCAGCACCGAGUGGUUACAAGGCACGGGCAUGUCGGCCCAAAGAGACGAGAGCGCCUUCUACCAGGCCGAGACGCAGAAUCUGAUCAGGGAGAACCAGAUGCUCAAGUUGAGGAUCCGGGAGUUGGAGAGGCAACUGUCCGAGCUCAACCCCACGUCGUCUAUCACGCACUCGCCCGUCCGGAGAAGCAGUUUACAUGGCGGCAGUCCGUCCACGAUAUCGAGGCGUCCCGUGAGGGUGGAAGAGCCGGUGGGCGAGGGGCCGAGCUAG